CCACAUUUCAAACGAAUCCAUUUUUUUUUCUUGCCAGCUUCCUUUGCUGUCUGGCUUUCACACCCAUCCACAGUGACUGGAAAGACAAGAAUGUGGAUUAUCUUAGUUUUGGUCUCCAGUGACACAACAUAACGCUGGACACGUCACUGGCCUCACAUGGCACAGAGUGAAAUGCCAGAGCUAUGAAAGGGGGGGGGGGACAUCAUAAGGAAAGCCCCGUUGGGCCCAAGCGAUGGUUUCAGUGAUCCCGGCAGUGUGUCUCCUGCAGUGGUCAGCCACGCCAUGCUAACUGGGUGCCCACAACUAGGGGAGGAAGGCAGAGCGUGAAGUUAAAGAGGGUGCUUCUCUGCCCUUUCCAGCACCCAUGGAAAUUACCCACCUAGCACAGAGAGGCAGAGCGGUGGGCACUUUCACCUGCAGUGCCAGCCCGCCCCAGGUAAACACCCGGCAGGCCUUCCACGCAAGCCUCUCAACUGGACUUUUGACUUCUCGGCCCGAGAUAAGCGGCCAGGGAGGCCGUAAAAGUCUAUCUCUGCCACGGCCAAAGGUCAGGCAGCAAAGACAAGUGCCCCUGGAGGGUGGGAGGACGAGGAUGAGGAUGAGCACACCUGAAGGAAUUCGGUGAAGUGGAAAUACCAGCAGGCUCAGCAGGGCGUGGGCAGGAAUGCCUGAGAUGUUGUUGCACCUUCACCUUGGGGGGAGAGGAGGGAGAGGAGGAGACAGCAGGGCAGGGCAGGGGGAGAUCUGAAGCAGCACCCCCUUUCCCCCCUCUUUGGAAGGCUUUGAAAGAGGCACUUGGCGCACUAGUUGCCUGUGGUGAAUCGGGAUCGGCACCCAAGCGAUCAGGACCACCAGGGGCUACUCUUGAUGUAAAAGCUGCCCGUGGGGACUGGAUACCCUGAGCACCUCCUGCCUCUGGAGGCCACCUUCUCAAGACCCAUAACGAAAAAGAGGCCGUUUGGUGGUGGUGGAAAAGGCAAAGCAUCUUUUUGAAAGAUGGAGCCAAACAGCAGAGAUCUUGGCCUCUUUCAGGACACAGUUCUCCCCAACGGAGAAUACAACUGGCAACGAGUGGUAGUUGAAGAAAAAUGGAGAAGCGAGGUUAAAUGGGAUCAACGUCUUGACUUUGGAGACCACGACGAGCGGUCUGGGAAGGGACAGAGGAUGGUGGAAUCCCCAGGAGAUGGAUCUGGGCAGGUGGCAAGGGCCCUCAACGGCAGGCGGGACCUCUGGACGCCACCCCCUGGUAGAGAGUCCAAGCUGGCAGUGGUCAAGUCGGGCCUUUCCUACGACAUCCGGGCUUACAAAGGGGAGCAGAAGCCCUCCCGGCUUUAUGACGAGGAUGAUGAAGAGCUGAGGUAUAAAAUCCCUCCCGAGGACGUCUCUUGUGAGAAGGACAAAGACCUGGAGGAAGAGAGGCAAAAGGUGAUCAGGAGCCAGGUGGUGAGGAAAAGCACCACCGUGGGGGAAAGGUGGAGCUCCCUAGAGCAAUUGGGGGCCUCCCCGGGUACAAAAAACAGUGCCGAGGCUGGCCGGAGCUAUUCCAACGGGUUCGCUCUGUGUUUUGACAGCCCAUCCCCCGGCAGGAGACGCACCCUGGUUGACCCCCAAAAUGUAGACACGGAGCAGAUCAACUUCGCCGCCGCCCGGCAGCAGUUCCUGGAGCUGGAGAAGACAAAUCCGAGGCAGCUGCUGCUGGGGAACCAGACGCCAGCCCUGUCUUCACAGGGGCCACAAGGAUUGAGGAGUGUUUAUCGAAGAGACGAAUGCCAGGGACCCAUAACCCAGAGAGAGACCUCCCUUGCCAACCCCCACAAUCAGGGAAGGCUGGGGGGAUCUCAGGAGAGGACAGAUCUGGUCUGGCCAACUCAAGGACCUACUACAUCCCAUGGCCAAGCCACACCCAGGCCAGACACGGCUGGGGGAAACCUGGCUUCCAGCUUUGGAAAACAGCCCCAGCAUGGAAGGGUGUCUAGAAGGCACUCUGGAGACCCUCUGGAUCUGGUGACCGGCGGCCCUGAUCCUGCAGAGGACUACGAGACGCCCAUCGAGCGAGAGAUCCGGCUGUCCCGGGAAAGGGAGGAGGACCACUGGAGAGAACGGGGCAUCACCAGGGUGAACCCCCGAGAGGAGCUGGUGGAGAUCCCCUCCAGCUCCUUCCUCCUGGCUGCUGUCUCUUCUUCCCCUGCUUCCUCCAGGAAAGGAAAGGAGAAGCCGCUGUUUACCUUUUACAUCCAGAGGGAAGUUGAGCAGGAAACCAAGCGGGAGGAAGCCCUCCAAAAGGAAGGGAGGGUGCCAGGAACCUAUGACAAGGGGACUCACCAAGAGCUGGCUGAACGGCGGAAAGUUUACGAGCAAGAGGUGGAGACUCCACCGCCUUCCCAGGGCAGAGGCAAGAGACUGGGACAGGAGCUCCUGGACGGUGAAGAUCCCCCAGCCGGUCGUGAUUUUGCCCCAUGGAGCCACCACAGAGGAGGUGGCACUGAGAACCAGAAUGGGAGACAAAGCCCUGAAUCCUGCAGCCCAUCUUCGGCCCCAGAGGCUGGCCAAGCACAACUAAGGAAGGAGAGGCCCCUUUUCAACCGGAGGUCAGCCAUGGCUCAUCAGCAGAUGGCUCCUCCUGGCCGGGGGCUUCCAGGCCGUCCAGGAUCGGAAAACCCAACCGAGGAGCUGGCGAUGGUGCGGAAGGAGCAUUUUGCCGUUCCCGUUCAGAAGCUCAAGUUCUCUUUCUCUGGAGACCCAGAACCCCCGAAAGCCAGGAGGAAAGAGCGCCAGCCCAUGCCGGGAUCUGCUCGGGAAGAGCUCUACACCCUGAAGACGUGGCGCCCCCGGACAUCGGCCCUCAUUGACCAGGAGAUCCAGGAGGCCUUGGAAAGGGAGAUGGAGCUCCAGGAGCAGCGAAGGAAGGCCAGGCUGUCCCCUGAGGUGGUCCCGGACUCUCGGUUCUCAUCCCAGAGCUCAGCGGCUUCAGGCGUGGCCGGCAGCUACUCCAUGUCCAUUUCACCGGUCUUCUCUCCCACGUCGCCUCCUCUGGGCCGAGCCUUCUCUGGGAGGGUCUCCGACAAGUUAGACCUGAAAGCUGGCCACAGCCCAUCCAUGAGGCGGAGGGAAGACGGGAAGUAUGCCGGCAUUGAGCUUGAGGACGAAAUUGACACGGAGGUUGUGAGGUCCACCAAAGCCAUCUGCUGCCGGGGCGUCCUGGCUCAGAUGUGGGAGAGCGGGCAGAUCCACAAAAGAGAGAAUGAUGACAGUGAGGCUGACCACGGACAGGACUGAUGGGGACCGUCUCCCAGUCCAGGUGAGGACCUGGAUCCACACAGAGUCUGCUUGGCUUCCUUUGGAUUUUAAUUCCACCCCUUCUUUUUAAAAUGUUGUUCUGGUCCAUCUCAGUUCAAAUUGAAAACCAAGUUUUUUUUUGUUUUUUUUUUGGCUUCCGGGAAACUGGAUCCAAAUAUACUGGGUCCAAACCGGUGCCCAAGGAACGGGUAUGGACAUCGAGGAGGCUGAAAUCUGGUGUUCUCCCCAGGAGGGCAGCUGUUUGGAAACCACUCUCUGGAAGACAGGCAGCCCAAAACAUGCAGAGCCCACAGUGCCCCCCAAAUGGCUUCGGGUCUCGCUCACACCCCCGAGGAUGCACCACCCUGGGAAGACAAAGCUGCUCGGGAGGUUUGGAAGGGUGAAAGCCAAGCGAUCCACCCAGGAUAGGUUCUCUCCUCUCUCUGUGGGUGGAUCCUGUCCUGCAGCAGUGUAGAGCCGCAAAGGUCCACCCAAAGGACAUCUAGUCCAACCCCAUGGCCAAAGCCUCCCAGACGGACAGUCACUCCAUCUCUGCAUAAAAGCCUCCAGGACGCAAGAGUCGGUCCCCUUCCCAGGGAGUUCUUCUCUCGCCGUCCAAUGUCUUUUAUUCCCAAGAAGUUCUUCCUAAGGCUCCUUUCUCGUCAUGGACUCCGGGUCCUUCCCUCUGGAACCUCAACCAAAGAAACCUUCUCCGUCUUCCACGUGGAAGCUCCCUAGAUAGUUGAAGGUGGUCCUCUGGGCGCCUCUCCAUCUCCUCUCCUCCGGGAAAAGUGUACCCCAGCUCCUCCACCCUCUCACAGAGGCCUGGGUUCUGUUUGUCCCAAUGACUCAAUGGAGGGCUGGGAAGGGUUUUGUGCCCACCUGGGCCCCCACACUCACUGGGGGGGUUCUGUGUGUUUCUGUGGGGGCAGCAUAAAUAUCCUUCUCCUGCCCUGCCCCAAACUCCAUCUUGUUCUGCAGAGGAAGCCAUGCAGAGGUUUGGCUUUCUCAGGAGGCAGCAAGGCUGCGGAUGGGACCUCGGGUAUAUUUUGCACAACCAAAAGGGCUACUCAGAGGUCAUCUAGUCCAAUUCUGUUCCCAAGGCUGGAAAGGGAAGAUGGGGGGAGGUCCAUGGGUGCUCAACGCAGCUGCAGCCAUUCAGGACUUGUUUCUUUCCCACCUGCUCCCAAACUUGGGUAAGUUACUUUUUUUGUAACUUUGCAAGGACCAUUCGCCAGUGCCCAUGCUGGCUAGGGAAUCCCAGGAGUUGCAAGCCAAAAACAGUUUUUCCGGAUUCUGCUCCCAUCUUUCUCACCUGGCUCCCACAAAUCCAAAGUACCAAAUGAGGGUCCCCGCUGGCCCAGGAUCUGAACUCAGAGCAGCAAGGUUUCAAUCUACUGUAUACAUCCCCUGAUUAAAGUUCUUGGAACUGCCUUUGCUUACAAACGUCCAGGGUAAGGACAGAUCCAGCGUUGUGCCUUUUGAGAUUCUGGGCAAGUCUCACUUUGGACUACAAUGCCCAGAAUCCCCUCCUGGCCUAGAGGUGGCUCAGACAUCCCUUGCUCUUUGGGUCUCUGGCCUGGGCCUGGCCCACUCUUCCUCCAUCCCAUCUUCUUCCAGGGCUGGGUUUUUUUCUCGCAAAGUAAGGACCUGCAAACCAUGCCAGUGGCUUGCAUGUAAAUAUGCUGUAUGCCCCCCCUUAUCCGCGGGAUCAGUAUCCACUGAGUCACUUAUCCACGGUCUAAAAAUAUUGAAAGCAAAAUCCUAGAAAUAUAUACAGUAUUUCUAAAGAUGAAGUUAGCAGGACUGGCCUCAGGAGGAAUCCAGAGUCCAUGCUAUGUACAGUGUUUACUAUUAUCAAUUUUUCAGCAUCUGUGGGGGGGUGCUUGGAAACAGUUCUCACCCACCCACCUACCCUGCUACAGGGGCCCUACUGUAAUUUGCAAAAAGUGGUGGAUUAAAAGAGAAGAAAGAAAGUCAA